CCUUGGGCCACUGCCUUUCCAGGAAGAGAGAGUGCUGCUCGCUAGUUCAGUGUCUGUCUGUCGGUCUGUCCGCACGCAAGAUGGAUUACUUAAAGUAUAUUAUCACACUCUGCAUUCUGCUUUUUAUUCAUGUAGAGGCAGACAUGAUGAGAAAGUCAAUUGUGUUCGAUAAGAAGACACCAGGAGUAUUCUACUGCCCACAACACAAACCUUCAGGAAUCGAUAAAAUGAUUGUUCGUGCGAGGCCGUUGAAGAAGCUUUGUGAGUUUGGAGGUAAACCAAUACCUGAUGAUGUGAAACCAGAUUGUUAUAAUCACAUAGAUGAAUCAGAUUAUGCCUGCAAAGAGAAAAAAAGGAUUAUGAUGAGACUUCAUCCACCAGGAACUGAAGAUAUCAAAACAAACGAUAAUCGCAAAUGGGACAGGAUUCAACCAAUAAAUAAGAACAAAAGGAGAGUCAAAACUCGCAAGCAAAAGUUCAAUAAGGAGUACCAGUAAAAUUUAUAAUCAUCCGGAAUUAAGAAAUACAUUUAACAAGUUUGUAAACUAAAUUAUAUGCAGCAUCACUGAAACAGGAGUGGCUGUAAGUUUUUUAUUAGGUAAUUAACUAAAUCACCGUAAAAAAUAUAUAUAUAUAUAUUAAAAAUAUUGAGGCUGUGAACUCAAAUUAGAGAAAAUCUAGUGCCACAUUUCAUUUUAUGCAAAAUAACAAUUGUACAUUUGAUGUUUAUCAUGAGAAGCUCUACUUGUACAAUGACAAAGUAUUUGCUUGUUUUUGUAUAACUGGAUCUUCAUAUUUCUCGAUUUUCGUGUAAAACAGUUAUUAUAUCUAAAUUCUUUAAAAUUAAUAAACUAUUUAUUAAUA